AUCCCGCCAACAGUGCAAAAUUUCAAUCUCCUUUUAAUUUUAAAAAAUCAAUUAUUAUUUUAUUAUUAUAAUAUCGCAUCAAAAUCUCCCCAAAAAAAAAAAAACCCUACUCACUCAUACGCUCUUCGUCAAACAAACAAAAAAAACCCUAAAGAAACUUCGACAUGAAAGGCGGCGAAUCCAAAGCUGAAGCUACGAGCACUGAUCAGAGACUCAAAACCAGAGGUAGAAAGCCUGGGAAGAAGACGAAGAAGGAUCCAAAUCAACCUAAGAGACCUCCAAGUGCUUUCUUCGUCUUCCUUGAGGAUUUCCGAAAAGAGUUUAACCUAGCGAAUCCGAAUAACAAAUCCGUCGCUACUGUUGGUAAGGCUGCUGGAGCUAGAUGGAAGUCUAUGACUGAGGAAGAUAAAGCGCCUUACGUCGCCAAGGCCGAGAGCAGAAAGACUGAAUAUCUUAAGACUAUGCAACAGUACAACAUGAAACUGGCUAGUGGAACCAAUAGAGGUGAAGAGGAUGACUCUGACAAAUCCAAGUCUGAAGUGGACGAAGCAGGAAGCGAAGAGGAGGAGGAAGACGACGAUUGAGGCUUUCUACUAGGUCUUGCGAUUGACUUGACUCAGAUUUGAGAAUGUAAACUUGCUUAGAGAUGACCAAAAACUUUUAAACUGGUUAUGCUUUGUGUUUGUGAUAUUUGAACCUCAUUUGCUACUUCAAUGUGGUUUUAGGUCAGUUUGUAGGGAUAAUAUCACUUGACUGCUAUAUUUUCCCCAUUUCAUUGUUUUCACUAGAAUUUAUAUGUUGUUCAACUUUGGAUAAGUGGUAUGGUUUUAGUAUCAGCUUUAUUUCUUCUA